AGAAGACAAAAAUGAUGGACAGACAAAAAGGAAUGAAGCAGAGGAAGAUAGCAGGGAUGUUUAGGAGGAUGGGAGCGGUCAUGAAUGUGUUGCAGUAUUAUUCUAACAUGAAGGAAUGAGAUGUUUUUAUGAGAGAGUUUUCAGUGGAUUCAAGGAAGAUAUGGGUGAACAAUUUGUCGAAUUGGGUACAUUUUAUGAGAGAAACAUUGACUCCAGUUGAGAUAUGUCAAAAUAAUAUCGAAAGAUAUAUUCUUAGUCAGUGACUCCAGAAUUUUCGGUUCUCCAUAAGGGUCGAUCAUAAAGCAGUCAAAAAGUCCAGAUUUAUUAAAUAUUUACAAGAGUUUAUUCGCAGAGUCCCAAGUAGAAGCCAAUUUGAUUCGAUAUUUCUAUCAAUCUCUGCGGAUCCUCAUUACCCAUAUCUAACUGAAAAUGAUUGGAAGUCCAAAUAUCGAUAUUUAUCAAAAAUAUCCAAAGCACUUGAUUAUGAACCAUUCAUAUCCGAAAUAUCAGAAGAUUCAACCAAUAUUGUAGGUUUUUACCUAGGCGAAAUAUUUAGUGUCAGACGCGUAGCUAUCCUUGGUAUAGCAGUAUUUGACAAUUUUCAAAUUCUACCUUACCCAGAGAAUGAAGAUAGAGCCUACAUUAUUCAGUCAAAAUACCUGAUUGAUAAAAAUUCAAUAAGUUUGAAUUCUAGAGUAUCUAAGUUCUACCCAAACCUGCCUUGCUAUAACCUUGGCGAUCAGAUUAUUUCUCCAUUCCUUGAAGUAACUGAAAUAGAGUUGAAUAUAGAUCACUCAGAAACUACUGAAGAAGUCUGCAUGGAGAUCCUCAGUAUGAUAUCAGUCUAUUACCCUGCUCUCAAGAAGAUCAAUUACAUGCUACAUGGGACUGAUCUAAUUCCUCAAUGAAAAGCCAUUCUCUACUACCGGAAAAAGAGAAAUCUGGAGUGCUUCAUUUAUUCUCCAAGGAUAAAGACCAUCUCAUCCAAGAUCAGGAUCAAAGCUUCUAAUGUGUCCAUUGUUGGCUCAGCAGAAAAUGGCGGCGUUUGAGAGAGAUUCACCUGAUCUUGUGAUGUCUACCUUCAUUCGCCCUUAUUGGUUCAGAAUCUAUUGAUCUGAAAGCAAUUUGAGAUACACACAAUGUGGGAUUUAGAUGAUUCAGAAAGUAGCAGCAAUUAUAACUUAUCAAAUCAGUUAUCCCUCCCUCAAGCGCACCCUCCCGCCCACGAAUCCCAAGCUAUCACCAUCAACCUUUCCCAUGCUACCUCACUAGAGACCGACUACGACAAACUAUGCAACAUCCUAUCCACAAAACUAUCCGUCAACGACCAGAACGAACCCCUGAAUUUAACCAGCAGAGGAAUUCACAGAAAAUAUUCUAGUAAUUUUGUGAAGACCAGUGAGAUUGUGCAUAAGUUAGGGAAAGAAUGUGAGAUUUUAGUCAGAGCGAGUUAUUAUAUGAGAGCAAGGGAUGGGAAAUAUAAUGAAGAGUUAAGGAAUGUAGUAGAGUGUGUGAGAGGAAGGGAGAAUAAAGUGACAAUCGAUAUUCCACCAGAUGUUCAGGAUAAUAUUGCUUGGGAUUAUGUUGUGCAAGAACUAUUCCCAAUUGUUAAAAGAGUUAAUCUUGUCUUAAGCCUCACACAAGAGAAUACUGUAACUUUUGGUAAGAAUAUGUGGAUGGAGUUGAAAGCUCUUUGAAGGUGUUCUAACUUUGGAGAAAUCAAACUCAAAAUGAAAGAGCCUCUUGAGUUGAUAGCAGAACAUGAAGAUAAAAAGACUGAUGAUUUUGUAAUAGCGACUGUCAAAGAUUUUAAAUCAAUGAUCAAGCUCCCUCCAAGUGUCCAAACUAGAGACAAACAAUUGGAUAAAGAAGGUAAAUGAGCACUCUGGGUGGAAGAAUAAAGAUAUGAACCCAAAAUUAUCGAACAAACCUCACGUAUCCUAAUCUUCCCAACCCCUAUCCCUAAUACCCUUCUCACCCAAUCCUUCUAUCUCCAAUCCAAAGCCUAAAUCCCCAAACCCUCCUCUUGACCCCAAAACCAGGCUUCUUGAAAUACCAAAACUCUGACUUGAAAUAAGUCUGUUC